UAAGGUCAGAAGGUCGAAUUGCAGGCAGUUUAUAGCACUGAGUCCUCCGUAGCCAGUCGGAACGACCGAGAGAUGCAGGGAGGUGGGCUUCAAUUAGGGGGCAUGUCUGGGGGACUAAAGCUAAACUUGGGUCAGCCAUCAGGACUAAUGUUGGGUGGUGCAAAUACUGCCACCACUAGUUCACUGCUUGGAACAACAGGCCAGCAGCCGAGACUGGGGACUGGGGGAUUUGGGACUGGAGUUUUGGGGACUGGAGGUUUGGGAACUGGGGGAUUGGGAACUGGGGGAUUUGGAACUGGAGGAUUGGGAACUGGGGGAUUUGGAACUGGGGGAUUGGGAACUGGGGGAUUUGGAACUGGGGCAUUGGGAACUGGGGGAUUGGGAACCGGAUUAGGCAUGGGUGGUUUAGGGACUGGAGGAUUGGGAACAGGAGGUUUUGGAAUGGGGGGAUUAGGUACUGGGGGGUUGGGAACGGGUGGUCUAGGACUAGGUACAGGAGGUCUGGGGACUGGGGGUCUGAAGGGGAUUGGAACUGGAAUCGGACUGGGAGGACUGAACACACAGAAAGGUGGUGGUAUGCUCAGCCAGCCACAGUCCACUGACUUCACAGCUCUCCAGGCACAGCAGCAGCUCAACCACGGCAUGCUCACAAUGGUCAAUGCUGUCCGUUCUCCGGCCAUCUUUGACGACGAUCGAGACCAGGUGGUCACGCGAUUCAACGUCCUCCAGGCCUGCAGUGGAGUGGGGAAGGGGAUCGCGAGGGUCGAGGGGUACAGCGACCUGCAGAGUGUCGACUUUACUCCCGAGAACCCCUUCUGCAAGUUUAAGACUCUGUGCUACAAUCGUCUCCCGAGCAGUAGGAACGAGGAUGGCAUGGUGACGCUGCAGUUUAACAAACCGGACUCCGUCCUCAUGUCGCAACAAGAAACACUCGUUAAAGAGCUGCAGACUAUCGUCAGUGCCGCCACUGUGCAAGUGGUUGUCAAUACUAUUCGCCCCCUCCCGGACAACUGUUCUGAACUAACCCUCUACAUGACUGAGAAAUCGUUCAUGGGCACCAGACGACUCCUUGCUGCGGAUGUCUACGUAUUCCUGAACAACAGAAAGGCAAAUCUUGAGAAACUGGGGGUGACCGGUCUUUAUCCCAAGACAGGUUUCACUGAGGGGAACCUAAAGCUCUACCUGCAAAACCCUCCUUCGGGUAUCACUGCCCAAAUGUGGGAAGAGAGCAAGAGCACCAAUCCUGACUCCCAAAAGUACAUCCCAGUGGCAAUACUAGGCUCCAAGGACCUACUAAAGCGUGCCAAACACCAGCAACAGGAGACCAAACAACACCAAAGCAGACUAGAGAUAAUAUCGGCGGAGGUUGCUGACCUGCAGAGCCACAGAGCUGUCAUGAAUGCCAAAAUGGAGGAACAGAGAAGGAAGCUGAUUGACCUUGGCCACCGAGUGUUGCGGGUACAUACUAAUACCUUCUUGUUCUUACGUCAGUGCCUCAAACUAAACUUUAGGGACAAUUGUGAUGGCAGCUCAGGAAGUAGUGAGGAAGAGCGGACAUUCAGUUCAACCACAGGAAGAGCAGCUCAGGUUGUGACCUAAAGACACACACUCUAUAGUGUAUCUUCUAGUGUAUCUUCAAUUGAGGCACACAGUGGAAACCCCCUCUCCAAGGACACCCCUGAAAUGCUGACACCUCUCUAAUAAGGACACCUCCUCUUGCAUGCGUGGUUGAAGUUUUAUGCAUAGAAACUGUUCUUGGGGCUAAGAAAAGGAUUCGACUGGAGAGUAUGCAAGCUCAACUGGACGCUCCACUGCAAUUCAAGGGAAGACUGAAUGAGCUAAUGUCUCAGAUUCGGAUGCACACCCAGAUCCCGGGCAGUGCUGGCAGCGAAGGUAGCUAUGCAGUAGAUCCUCCACUGAUGGGAGACAUACAGCAGCACUUGGAGCAACAACAAGGAGCCCUGUCCCAGUUGGUGAAGGUCAUAAAAGAAGAUCUCGAUGACUUGAAAUGCAUAGAGGAAAGUUUUGCACAUGCAUAACAAUCGCUAACUUCCACACUUCCUUUUUCCUCAUCACUUGUACAUUAUUACCCUAUUAUUCAUUAAUUGGAACUUCUGUAUUUGAAUUUAAGUGCCAUUUCUGCUGAUAAGCAUCUUAUUAUGGACUGAUUAAUAACUUAAGCUAGUGUUUACACCGUUUCCAUGGCGAAAAAGUGAGCAGGGAGCAAUAAACUGCCGUUGAUUAGAUUCAUUAAACCCAAUAAAAACAAACCACCUAUAUAUAGCACCUACCAAUACCAUCAAAAUAAUAAGCCUAACGGACGUAUCAGCAACAGCUGAGUUUGCAGAGAUUCUCAAAUUUGUAUAUACUGGAGUUUGAAAAAAGAAAUGCUAAUUUUAGAGAGUUAAUGAUGGGACAAGAUUGUUGUGAGGCAUGAUUCAUUGUUGUUGCAAAAAAUUUAGGAUGAUAGCGUGAUUGUGUGACAGAUUGUGAUGCUAUACAGAUGGUGUCAUAUAAAUUAAUAGAGCUACAUUUCUGAUUGAGAACUGAGAGAUUGGUUCACUGAGGAAGGCGUGAUUGUGCAUACAUUUAUACAUUUCACGAACACACGAAAGAUUGUCAACAUAAAAAGAACUUGUCACGGAAAAAUGAUGAUGGUUAUCGUUAACACGGUUAACGGUGCUGUCAAAAGAGUGAUGGGAGCAGUGAUGGGAGUGAAAUAAAGUUGGAAAGAGAGAAAAACGAACGAGUGAUGUUCAGAUAGAGUUCAAAAAAAUCCGUUCACCUGUCUUGUUUUGCUAUGUAGAGGGAAACACGAUUUGCUGAUAGAUGUAUGGAGAGGAGAAUGCCGAGCCAAAUUCUAUGGUGAAGUUGCUGCUCUGAGUCAUUGUACUUUGGGAGGGAAAUGGGAGAGCAUCUCCUUUUAUUCAUGCAAUGAUACAGUUCUACUGCAAUGGGGAUCCGUGCGAUUUCGGGUGUUGGUGAUAUUACCAUGCAGUGGGGAGCGCGUGGAUUGGCGGAGUGGAGCAGACUGGGUUAGCUGAGGUGAGGGGAGGUGGGGUGGGGAAGGUGACUGUGCCUGUUGGGCUCGGGAACACAAACUGGUUGUGCGUGUUCCACGGUGCGGACUGCGAGUGACUGUACAUCCCAUGGAACGCCGUCGAUGUGGCGUUGUGGCUGGUACAUGGGUGGUGCAGGACAAAGCCGGCGUGGGGCUGCUUAGCCAUGAGCGCAGUUCCCGGCGGCGUAAGUGCCGAUUUAGGGGUCAUGAGGACGGAGUUGGUUGGGGAGAGGCUCCCUGGUGCAGGGCCAAAGGCUUGAGCUGACAUUGGGUUCAUGUGGUAGGGACCUGCCAAGGCUGCAUGGUGCCCAGGAUGGAGAGGCAGACCUCUGCCGUUCAUUAACUCAGCCAUUGCCAUCUGGUUGGCCUUUUGCGUCCUUCUCCAUUUAGCUCUGCGGUUCUGAAACCAUACCUGCAGACGAGCUUCGGUGAGGUUGAUCCGCAUCGCGAGGUCCUCGCGCAUGAAGACGUCCGGAUAGUGCGUCUUGGAGAAUGCGGCCUCUAGCUCCUGUAGCUGGUAGCUGGUAAAGGUCGUGCGGAACCGCCGCUGCUGUCGCUUGUUCUUGGAGUCGCCGCUCUCCGAACCCGUGUCCGUCUUGCCGUCCGAAGACUCGGAGAGCUUUCGCUUUUCCGGCGAUGCCGGAUGGUGGUCGGCGAGUCCGUUCGUCGUCAGAGCCGUUUCCCGCGGAGAGUCGGAGAGUUUGGGGCACUUGAUGUCUUCGGGCAUUUCGGUGGGAGAGUGUUGCAUAGUUGCUACGGGCAUUGUAAUCGGUGAAUCGCUUUCCAGGUUGGCGGUAGACUAGGACCGUCACGAGUGCAGGCUCGACACUUGCAGAAAUGAAGCAGGAAAAAAUAGGCGUUGAGUAGCUAAGCAGUUGAAACUAGGCGGGCGCUGCAGGCUGAAUUUUCUGCAGCCGGCUAUCUACCUCAGGGAGGAAGAAAAUCGUCGACGAAGGAACCUUUUGCAAAUGUUUGUUGCUGUUGUCUCACUUCUUGUAGACGACGCGGCAAUGACUUACUACCCCCGGCUGCUCAGCCAGGCUUUUAUAGCGCCCUGCGACCUGCAGCGCAGUUGGAAUGCAGC